GACUCUCGGGCAGCGCAGGGACGCGCCGCCGCGCCCGCCCCUGGACCCCCCACCCCACCCCCGGGCUCGACGACACGAGGUAAUCGUGGGCGCGGGCCGGGGGAGUGCACACUGUCUUGGGCGCGUGGGGCCAAGCGGUAGAAGGCCAGGGUGUUCAGACUUCUCGGGUGGUUUUGACACGUUGCGGGAGGUCAGGGCACCAAAACCGAAGCACAGCGCUGUGUAUACUGGGACUCGGGGAGAGGGCGAGCCUAGGGCCGUCUGCGGCAUUUCUGCGCGGGCAACGGAAGGGAAGGGACCCCAGGGCCUCUCGGCGACGCCAGCGCGGGAGCGGGAAGCUGGGGGGUGGGGGAGACGGACGAUGGGGACAGGGCACCCUGCCCCCUCCCCAGCUGCAUUCCAGGCUGGAGCAGCAGAUGAGGUCAUCCCGUCCGGUUCCCUUCUGGCCAAGGCAGCCGCUGCCCUCUGUCCGCGCGGGACGGGAGCGAGAGACUCUCCCAAAGUCUCCCUUCCGAGGUCCCCAGAAGUGAGUGUUUCCUGGUUGAAGUCUUUCCUGGACUUCCCAUCCCAACUGAUUCUGCCCUUCGCCCAACUUUGCAAGACUCACCAAGUUUUGAAGGCCGUUUUCUAGAAUGGGAAACUGAGGCUGAGAGAGCACAGCGGUGGAGUGAAGGGCUGUUUAAUUUUAACUCAGGGUGCUGGGGCAGGAAGAAGUCUUAGUCGGUAGUGUCACACAGCUUAAUACCACCACUUGGGAAACUGAGGCAGGACGGUCACAAUUUCGAGGUCAGCCAGGGCUGUAUGUAUAUCCUACCGGCCGUGAAAGCUCAGAGAAGCCUGAAGUUCAGAGAAGCAGGAUCCGGGAAGGUAACUCUGGGUAGCUUGCCUAAGUUUCUCUGUCUUCACCCCCAAAGUGCUGGCCUUUGAGGGGAUGCCCCUGGAAGACUUCUAAUCCCAAAUGUUACAGAUUGGGGGAAAAUAUGAAGCACAGUUUCCACAGGUCAGUGUUGAUAUCAAAGAGGUUCCCCGUACCUGCCCCACCUGCGCCCCCAGCAGGCUGCCCCGGAGGUAGGGCUCCGCACACCUGCCCGAGGGUGUGUCUGGGUACUCCAAGGAGCGGCGCCUCUGCUCACCCCGCUUCCCCACCAUCGGGCCACGUGCCCAGUAAAUCUAAGAGUUCUGUGGGGAUACUGAGGUCUCACUGUGGCCACCCAUGCCCUGGUCACCGACUAUGAAGUGCAGAGCCUGGGUCCCAUUCCUGCGUGCUAGCUUCCUCAUAUCUGCUACCUUCAUUCAGAUGGUUAAGGCAACUCUGCCAGUGUUGGUAGAAUGUAAGCUCCAGGGUUCCUGCUAUUUUUGUUCUGUAAUCUGGAUCCCUGCCGCCCCCCCCCCACACUAUGUAAGGUGGGAGACAUAAGCAUUUACAGGUACUAUUUCCUGGGCCACCUAAAGGCCAGCAACAGUCUGUGGUUAGUUAGCUCCACGUGGUAGAUGGCUGGAAGGAAAGAUUCCCCUUCCUCAUGAAAUGUUGGAUUCAAACCCAGCCCUGCCCUGCUCCAGGAUGGGAGAACUGAGUUUCUCCAUUCUCUGGCAGAGGUGGCUCCUGCUUUCUCCAAGGGAAAACAGGAGCAGUAGAUGAAGUUGAGCCGGGGCGCUCUGCCUCAGUAAGUGGGUGAGGAGGAUGCUACCUAGAGGUGCCCAGAGCAUUUGGGGGGUGGCUUCAUCACAGGGAUGGUCAAGGGGUGAGAUGGGGACAGGACCUCUCUCCCUGGAAGAACUUCAGACGUUAGAGGAUCUGGUGGGAAGGGCACGUGUUCACACGGAGGGGACAGUUGACCCUUCCACGUACCAUUUUGCAGAGUGAGCCCUACACAACUCCAUAACGCCUUCCUCUGAAGACUAGUUUUUAUAGUACAGGGGAAACCUGGCCAGUGUUUACCUGCCACGGGACCUUGGAUGAGUCUGUUGCCUGGCUGGGCUGGCCAUGUCAGCCUUCUUUGUAGCCUGAGCCAGCCUUCCAGCCUCAGGGGGGUGUUGGAGACUCAUCUGAUGACAUCAUGUCAUUGGUCGACCAACAGCAAAGCAGAGUGCUUUAUAACUCCAGCAAACAUUCCACGAGGACCUCUCGGUACUGGGGGUGCCAGGGAAAAGGAUGAUUCAGAAGUUGCACCCCCCCAGGUGGGGGAGGAGCUAGGGUUGGAGGAGGAUCCAGUGGUAGGACGGAAGAGAAUGUAGUCCCAAAACAAAGCAAGCUUUGUCCAGUUCUCCUCUUUGUUUUAUCUUGUUAGUUAACCUAUUUUGAAUUUCAAAUAACAUUAUGGAAGGGCUGCACUGAGAAUAGUUCUUAUGCUUGGAGGCGGCUCCAGAGCUUUGGAAAAUUAAAAACAAACAAAAAAAAAAAAAAAACAAGAACCAAAGUUGAAACUCCGGGCUAGAUCUUUAUCCGCUGAGCAGGUGUGUGGAGGUGACUUGCCCAAGGUCACAGGGUGAGGACUCUGAGUCCCCAGCCUACUCUACCCUCUCAGAAGGUGCCAGGGGGUGGUCCUUUGGCCGGAAGGUUAUCUCAGCUAGUGAUUAGGCUGGCCACGUGCUGAGUGCUGGGAGGGAGAGAGGCUGGAAAAUCCAGGCCUUGCCCCACCCUCACCUUGCUCAGGGAGACAAGACUGGGCCCCAAAAGCUGGUAAGAGCUUGAGUGAGUCAGAGGCACCGAGUUCAAGUCGGGACUAGCUUUUUGAUGGGACCUUGAGCAAGCUUGGCCUUCACUAGGUCACAGAAAAAUCAGAGUUCAGGGUAUAGGAUCCCAAAUGUUCUCUAACCCCAUAAGGAAGGAGAAAGAGAACACAGAGGAACCAGCCAAAAAGGUACAACAGCAGAGGGACCAUGAGGGCUCAGAAGGGACAUUGAUAGGUAGGGAGAAGCUUUCGACACUCACGGACUUUUUGCCCCCCUAAAACUUGUUCCCCCAACAACAAGACUCCUAUAUCGACUUGGCCAUCAGAUAAAGUCCUUUCUUGCAGGCCUUCUCAGAGCCUUGAGUCAGCUUAAGUGUGCAGGAGCCAGCUGGAAAAAGCCACUUCUGACCACAGGGUCCCUUUUCCAGGAAGCACCUCGGAGGCAAAGGCUUCUGUGGAACGUCAGUCGGCUGGCUGUGAGGCAGGCUGUGUACACAGCCGUUCACAAGACCUUGGCAGGGCGCCGCCUUUCUCCUGACCUCCCCAGGUCUCCGCUCCAGGGCAGGGACCACCCUCAUUUAAGGCCCAUCUCUUAUCGCCUUCGAGCAGCCUCACCAGGACCAGGAGCAGGGCCUCUGGGAGAGAGAACCCAUAGACUCCCUUGGCCUCAGCACUGGGGACAGUGCCUUAAUAGAGUCAAGGGUUUGCCUUCUGCUUGGCCAUCUUCAUCGAGAGGAAGGGGCUAAAAGGAUCCCUGAACCCAGGCUGCCAUCUUCCCUGGCCCCAAGGUGGCAUGGACUAGCAGUUGUAAGCAACCAAAGCUGAUGCCCGGCCCCCAAGGGGGCACAGGAGCCCCCAGCAUGAGCCUGGGUAAGCUGUCUCCUGUGGGCUGGGUGCCCAGUUCUCAUGGAAAGAGGCGCCUGACAGCAGACAUGAUCAGUCCCCCGCUCGGGGACUUCCGCCACACCAUGCACGUGGGCCGUGGCGGGGACGUCUUCGGUGAUACCUCCUUCCUCAGCAACCACGGAGGCCGCUCUGGAAACACCCACCGCUCGCCCCGAAGUUUUCUGGCCAGGAAGCUCCAGCAGGUACGCAGAGUCGGCGUGCCCCCUCGAAGGAUGGCUUCCCCGGCUGCAACGUCACCCGCCCCGCCUCCCAUCUCUCCCAUCAUCAAGAAUGCCAUCUCCCUGCCCCAGCUCAACCAGGCCACCUAUGACAGCCUGGUGGUGAGCAAGCUGAGCUUUGAUAGCACUCCGGCUAGCUCCACGGAUGGCCGCUCCGGUUACGGCCUGGAGUCUGGGUUCUGCACCAUCUCACGCCUUCCACGAGUGGAAAAACACAGCAGCCGUGACCGUGACCAUGACCGUGACCCGGACCAUUCUCAAGACCGAGAGCAAAGUUCUUCCCCCUCUGAGCCUAACCCUAACCCUGAGCUUCGACGCUCUGACUCUCUCUUGUCCUUCCGUUUUGACCUUGACCUUGGGCCCUCACUCCUCAGUGAGCUGCUAGGAGUCAUGAGCCUUUCAGAAGCCCCUGCUGCCAACCCCCCUGCUCCUGCUGCCAACCCUGCCCCUACUGCAAAACCCCCAGCCGAUGCAGUAACCACUCUAGACACUGUGACAAGCCUUCCAGCCCCCACGGCAAGCUCCCCAUCCAGUGGACGUUUCCCCAAUGGGGUAACUGCCGUGUUGGGCCCCGUGGCUGAGGUAAAGGCCAGUCCUGUGGGAGAGGGUCCCCAGGUACCCUCCAAAAUGGCCUUUGACAGGCGUGGAGCCAGCUGGGGGGCCAUCCGGGCCAGCCGUCACUACACGGAGAUGGAUGCGCGGCGGGAGCUGGCAGGGGUCCUACCCCAAGUCCAUGGCUCCUGGGAGAGUCUGAAUGAAGAAUGGAGUGCACCUCCGGCCAGCAGCAGGGCUCCUGUGCCCAGCACGGUGCAGGCCAAUGCCUUUGAGUUUGCUGACGCUGAUGAGGAUGACGAGGUCAAGGUGUGAGAGACUGGCCGUGGGCCCAGGUCCUGCCAGCCUAGGGGCUCACACAGAAGGGCUGAGUUAAUUUCCUUAACGACUGCGUCUGUCCUCAAGACAUGGUCACCUGCCCAACGGGAGUUGCCCCAAAUCCUUCCUGCUCUAUGCAAGGCAGGCUUGGAUGUGGGGAGGGUCCCUGCUGACCUGACCCAGCUCCCUCCAUGCCCCUAGGCCCACUAGCCCUUUAGUCAUAACAUAUGCCACCCCCCUGUGGCCUGACAGUAUGGCCUUUGUGCCCCAAGAUGUUUCCCUGGUGGGUGGGGGUGGGGCAAGGACCACACAGGGCCAUUGUCUGAGUGGGACUGCCUGCCCCUGCUCAUGGAGAGCUGCCGCAGAAGGCCACCACUGUGUUUUCAAUAGCUGGUUCCAGGCUUCUCCUCAGUUCCCUGAGAAAGGUCAGGUGUGACCUCUAAGUAGAUUCUAUCUUAUGUGUACCCCAGAGCUGCCUCCCAUGCCUGAUUGUAAAAGCCUUUCUGGUAAGAUCUGUCUGCCCAAGGAGGCAGGCCUUGGCCCCUGCCGAGGUGUACUUUAUCCUCCUGGGAGUUUGGAAAGUUGAGGACCCCCUUCCAGCAACCCCCCUCCAGCUAGGAGAGGGGGGCCAGACGAGGUAAUGAGUAACCAGCCUGGAAUGUUGGAAGAUAAGAGGCCCAGGUGGGACCCUUAUCUCCAGUUCCUGGAACACCCCUGCCCCAGGUGCCAGGAACCAGUAUCUGCCCCAUAAUCCCAUGGGGCAGCUUGGCAGGUGCUCAGAUCACCCGGAGAGAGACAGGUUCCCAUGCACAGGGUGGCUCAGGAUCACCUCCCGUCCUCUUCUCUUGGCAAUGCUAUACCCUGUGCCUCAGUUUCCUCCCCUGCACCAAAGACGGGGAGCAUUAACACUUAUGGAAAGUGCUAACAGUUCUUGCUGUGGAAAUAAUAAAAAUGGAUUCUUUUA